AUGAUUAUACGUGGACAGUUCGGAAUCGAAACAAAAGUAAGUAUAGAAAUAAAAGGAAACGUGCCAGGAGGAAUUUACACGGAUCUGAAAAACGCGAAAAUAUUGGAUGACGAUUUAUUUUAUAGAUUUAACGACAUCGAUUACCGAUGGGUAUCAAAAGAAAAUUGGACGUAUUCGACUUCGUUUGACGUUUUUCCAGAAGUUUUAGAAAAAAAAAAUAUCAAUUUGGUAUUUCAUGGUAUCGAUACCGUUGGAGACAUUUAUUUAAAUGAAAAUUUUUUGGGGACCGUCAAUAACAUGUUCGUACGUCACGUAAUACCAAUUAAAAGUGUCAUAAAUGAGAAGAACAAUAACCUUAAGAUUUCCCUUAAAUCACCCAUAUACGAAGCUAAUAAAUUAGCCGAUUUACAAAAAAAAAAAUAUUCCAUUCCACCUGAGUGCACUCCGGAUUCGUACAAUGGCGAAUGUCACGUCAAUUUCCUAAGGAAAAUGCAAGCUUCUUUUGCUUGGGAUUGGGGUCCGGCAUUUCCCUCAGUUGGAAUCUGGAAACCCGUUGAAAUCGAAGCUUAUGAUUUGGGAGUGAUUCGAGAUAUACAAGCAACUCCAAAAAAAUUCAAUGAAACGACUUGGUCAGUUCAAUUAAAGUUUUUUGCCGAAUUAGUUGAUAAAAACAUUCCAGAACAUGUUUUUUCGGGUCAUUUGUCACACGAUGACGAUUUAAAUAGAAAUUUAAAUAUUGAAUUAACACGAGAAAAAUACGAAAACGAUGAUUCAUCAACGAUCAACAAUUAUAUUUAUUCGACAACUUUUUUCCUUUCCGAAUCUGAUAUAAAAUUAUGGUGGCCAAAUGGUUUUGGAGACAGUCAAUUAUAUAACGUUACCAUAAUGAUGAAAAUGAUAAAUGGAACUGAAUCUUCAAAAAAAACUAUUAAAAUUGGAUUUAGAACUAUCGAACUGAUUCAAGAAGAAAUCACGCCGGGAAUGAAAGGUUUAAGUUUUUAUUUUAAAAUAAAUGGCAUUCCCAUUUUCGCAAAGGGUUCCAAUUGGAUACCAGGACAUAUUUUACCCGAGUUGAGUUACAACGAAACAAUGAUUCGUCAAACGUUAGAAUCAGCCAAACAAGCAAACAUGAACAUGCUGAGAGUUUGGGGAGGAGGUUUAUACGAGUCAGACUUUUUCUAUCAGACAGCAGAUGAACUCGGUAUUCUUAUUUGGCAAGAUAUGAUGUUUGCCUGUGCCAUGUAUCCAGCAGAAGAUGAUUUUCUUAAAAAUGUGAAAACGGAAAUUCGACAACAAAUAAGAAGACUUCAACAUCAUCCGAGUAUUGCUCUAUGGGCAGGAAAUAAUGAAAAUGAAGCUGCAUUAAGAGGAAAUUGGUACAACACGAAGAACAACUUCGAUUUAUUCAAAAAGGAUUACGUAACUCUUUACGUGGAUACCAUACGAUCUGUCGUAUUGGAAAACGACGAUUCGAGGUCAUAUUUAACAUCAAGUCCUUCAAACGGUUUAGAAUCGGAAAAAGAAGGUCAUAUAGCAGAAGAUCCAUAUAGUGCUCUCUAUGGAGAUGUUCAUUAUUACAACUACAUUUUUGACGGUUGGAUUGAUUAUUUAUAUCCCGACACGAGAUUUGGUUCCGAAUAUGGUUUUCAAUCCAUGCCUUCGUUUAAUAGCAUUUCUUCGAUAAGCCUGCCAUCCGAUAGGAAACUAGAUAGUGACUUCACGAAUAAAAGACAACAUCUUCCAAACGGAAACAAUUUUAUGAAAAAUUUAAUUCUUCAACAACUUCCUUUGCCAAAUGACGAUGGCUCCGAAUCAUUUUACAAAACAUUCAUUUACUACAGUCAGAUAUCGCAAGCUAUGAGUACAAAAACGGAAACUGAAAAAUUAAGAAGGGAUCGUAAUAAACUGACACGGGAUAAUAAGGGACACACGAUGGGAGCCAUGUAUUGGCAAUUAAACGAUGUUUGGCAAGCUCCUAGUUGGUCAUCCAUUGAAUUCGGUGGAAAAUGGAAAAUGCUUCAUUACUACGCCGUGAAAUUUUUUUCUCCGGUGCUCGUGUCACCAGAAACCACAAGGCACGGUCUUAUAAAUGUUUUUUUAAUAUCGGAUUUAUUAAACGACGUUCCCAAUGCAAAUCUAACCGUUUUUGUAUACUCGUGGAAUGAUUUUACCCCCAGGCUAAUCAUUUCAUCACAAAUGUUUUUGGAAAAAGCUUCCGCCAAAAUUUACGCGAGAUACGAAAUGGAAAAACUAUUGAAUGAUGGAAAUUGUAAUAAAUACGAGUGUUUUAUAUAUUUUAAACUCGAAUCAACUAAUUUUGUCUCCGAUAAUGUUUUGUAUCCUUGUAAACUUUAUGAAAUACAGAAUUUAAAAUCGCCAAAUUUGGAAAUCACGUCCGUGAAAAAAUCUCAGAAUACGAAUGAAGCAACAAUUACAAUAACUACAGAUAAAAUAGCUCCUUUUGUAUGGCUGGAAACUGAAGAAAAAGGAGAAUUUUCCGAUAAUGGUUUUAUUCUUUUAAAACCAAAUUUUAAUUUAAAAUUUAAAAAAAAUAUCAACAAUGAAACGAUUAAUAUUGAAAAAUUAAAACAAACUCUAACAGUACGAUCUCUCGUAUAA